AUGGACAAGUACGAGCUGCGCUGGGGCAACGGCAGCGGCGACGCUCGCGAAGGGGGCGCGCAAGAGAACGCAGCUCAGGAGGUGACACAGGAGCGGGACGUGGAAGAAGCUGAGAGGAACCAAGGACUGCCGGUCGAGGAGGCGGAUGUGGAAGAUGAGAAUGAAGCGCAGUCAGAGGGAACGGACGAGGCGGAACCCGGGCCGGCGGAAGAGAACGCGGGAGCAAGUCAGGCGGCGGUCGAGGAGUCAAGGACCACGCUGCAGGAAUCGCGUGGUCGAGACGGUAGCCGUGGGGAGGGACAGCGCGCGGAGGGCUCCAGACGGCAGGAGCAAGGGGCACCAGACGAGGGCGCUCGGGAUGCACAGGCGCCGAGAUCGCACGGUAAAGGAAAGGCGGAGCGGUCGCGCACGCCGGAAAGGGAUCAGCACCACGGAGAAUGGCGCGUGGGCGAGUUCCGCCCGCAUGUCACGCGCCAGGACCAGGAAGGCUGGAGCGGCGGCGGCACGCGUUCGCCGGGACGGCGGCAGGUGCGCGAUGACGAAUGGAGGGAUGAGCUGCGCUCACCCAGACCGCAAGGGUGCCAGGAAGGGAGGUACGGGGCGGAGCGUGUGUCACGGGAGCGGCGCGGUCAGCAGCAAGGGGAGCGCAGCAGCACGAUGCGCUCGUCGGGCCGGCCGAGUCAGCGAGCGCAGCGGGAAAACGGCGGGUCACGCUCGCCCGACUGGCGCCGCACGUGGAGGGAGGAGUACGGAGGGGAGAGGCACUCACCUGAACGCCGCCAGCAGCGCAGCAGGAGGGAAGACGCCUGGUCACCAUCGCCAGAAAGGCGGCCGCUGCGCGAGACUGGCGGGGGGGAGGUGCGGAAGGCGCGCGAGCCGCCGACGCCACAAUAG